AGCUCCAGCUGGGGAGAUUUCAGCGCAGGUGUCCUUGGGUUUUUAUGACAUCUCGGAGACAAGACCCGACCGUAAGUAGCCUAAGACUGCUGAGGAGGAAUCAUAGCUGAUAAAAUAAUAAAUGUUUGAUCUGCCAUGAAAUCCGAAAGGACCAGCGAAGGAAAGAUAUGCUCGUCUGGAUGAGAGACCCCCGCUGGGUGAAGACACGCAGCGUAUGUUAGCUGAGCCGUGAAAGCUCGCUGCCAUUGACUGGAGCUGAGGCUGAAAUGGGAGCAAAACGAUGGAAACAGAGCGCAGCGGAGUGAACAUCAUCGCGCAAAGCGUCGCAUCACUGAUAAUUUCAAGGUAUUAUACAUCAUUUCAAGAUUAGCAAUUCGUGAUAUUUGCCAGUGUCAGGACAUUGCCAGCCGAUGCUGUUACGCCGGCAUUGAUGGUCGCUAGGCAAAUUCAGUUUUUCUCUCUGCAGAUGUGGGCUGCAAGAAGAAUAGGGCCUGUUUGGUGGGUGAAGGGUUUUGUCAUUGAUCACGAUGAACAGCAACUUGAUCAUCUCCAGCCUUACAGGCUACGCAUGGAUGAGUCUUCUGGACUGCUUUCACAUGAAAUGGACGAUGAGGCAUGUUUAGUUGAGAUAGGCUACAUGGGAGAAUAGGUUAAUGACACAUGCAUGUUGAAUUUUGCAAUAAGAAGGAGCACCUCAUUGUUGCACUGGAGAAAACCAAACCUGAGCUGGAUUUCUCUCCUGACAUCAUUCUUAUCAAGAUGGGACUACGCUGACUUUAUGUCAACACUUUGCUGGAUGUGAAGCCACACAUGCAAACAAUGCCAAGCUCUCUGGGGUCCGACAUGGGCACAAAUUUUACUGAUGUUCCCUGGGAGUCUGGUUCCAGUCAAAACCCGUUCUGGUCCUCCACUGUUAACAGCGUGGUGAAGAUGGUGCUCAUAUCUGUCAUUGUAUGUGUGUCCUUGUUUGGGAAUGUGGUGGUUCUGCUGGUGUUCCAGAGGAAGCCUCAGCUCCUUCACGUGGCCAACCGCUUUGUCCUCAACCUCCUGUUGGCAGACCUACUCCAGACCAUAUUAGUCAUGCCCUUUGCCAUUGCAGCCACCGUACCAGGUGUGUGGCCCCUGGAUGCCCGACUGUGCCAGACUUUGGUGGUGCUCAUGCACCUUUUUGCUUUUGCUGGGGUCAAUACCAUUAUAGUUGUCUCUGUGGAUCGCUACCUGGCCAUCAUCCAUCCUCUGUCCUAUCCCACCCGCAUGACCCCUCACCUGGGCACUAACCUGAUCAUCUGCACCUGGGUGCUCAGUUUCCUGCAGAGCACGCCUCCCCUCUACGGCUGGGGAGCAAUUGACUUUGACCGCAAUCACAGCGUGUGCUCAGUGGUGUGGUCCUCUAGCCUGUCCUACUCUGCUGUUGUGUCCACCUUCUCCUUCUGGCUGCCUGUGCUCAUCAUGCUCGGAUGUUACUGGAUGGUGUUCAGAGCAGCUCGGAGGCAAAACGCACUUGUGCACCCCAUACAGACACAAUCCUACUCCCAACCCUGCCAACAGGACUUCCAGGGGCCUAGCAGUCCCCAGAGGCAGCCCCAGCCCCGGCAGGCCAAUUCACCUGAAGACCCCCAUUCAGCCAGGGGGUAUCCUGUUCGAAUUAGGCACAGACGCUUCCGCUACCACUGCAAGGCAGCACGUGUAGUUUUUGUGAUUAUGGCUUCAUAUAUCAUCAGCAUGGGGCCUUACAGCAUACUAAAUACUAUAUCAAUGAGUGCUAGAGCAGCUGUACCACCCUGGCUGUCCUCCCUUGCCCUUGUGCUCUUCUUUUUGCAGUGCUGCCUCCACCCGUACAUUUAUGGUUACAUGCACCGCAGUGUGAGGAAGGAAUUCCUCGCACUGCUCUGUGGGCUUUUCUGCAAACAGGGGCGGACCAGCCAGAGCUCUGCAGUGGAGAGUUGCUUCACAACUACAGAGGGACGUUUAGGUGCCCACCCUCACCUGCCCAGCCUGACUGCUCGAGUCUUCCCUCUGCGGACAUGGGAAGAGUGCACAACAUCUUCCUCUCCCACUUUUGAGAGGAAGUCAAGGGACAGCCGUAAAGAGACCACCUCUACCAGCGUCAGCUCUGAGAGGGAGCUCACAGUCCACAGCAAGCAAAGCACAUAAACUGCCUUGAGGAUUCAUCAGUUAUAGACCAUGUACAGUGUGUUCAUACAUAAGCUAACAUGCCUUCUUGACAACAGGGUCAUUCAUUCAGAAGUUGCUGGCAUUAGGGAUAGUGGUAUUACCUAGUUGAUCACCACCAUAAGGAUCUUUAACUAAUUUGUCAAAUGCCUAAGAAGGAUGAAUUAGAGGUUGAAUAUCUCUCUUGAAAAAAAAUGACUUGGUCGAUUCAUUGUUGAAUUAUGAAUGUAUAACAGACUGGCUGUCUAAAUGAAAACCUUAACAAUGACUUACUUUAUUUUCAUUUGGUCAAACUUUGAGAAACACAGUUUUAAGAGUUACCAAGGGUCAGAUAAGUCUCAAUGUGCACAGCUGUUAUGUGUUUUUUAGUUGCAUUAUGUUUUGUCUCAACAAACCACUGUUAGUAUUUAAAUGUAUGCAAUUAUUGUACUAACUACUGUUACAACAAAUGGGCAUUCAAAUAAAUCUAAAAUUUAAAAAUAUUCAAACUAAAGAAAAACCCAGGAAAACCUUUGCCUGCAGGUCUUUAUAUGUUCUUUUUUGUUUUUUUAACUAGACUUGCUGGGUCGAAAUAGAAAUUGUUUUGUUGGAUCAAAGCGGUUGGUGUUCUGACCACUUUUGCCUUAACCAUGGGCCAUAGAUGUCUUUGAUAAGGCAUUAAUCUGCAGUAUCUGCACAACUACAAUAUCUCCUUUAAACUUGUUGAGUGUAUAUCUUCUGUGAUCCUGAUUGAGGGUACAGUCCUUGUGUCAGUGCAAGCAAGUUUUGCCUGCAAGGAACUCAGGGUAUGCUUGUAGAACAAUGCGGAACAACGCCCAUCUCUGUUCUUGAAACUUGUAGAGCAAGUAAGUCAUGUGUGUUGUUUAUGUCACUGUUGAAGUAACUGUUCUUAGUCUCAAAGCGCCUUUUGAGUAGAAUAGUGAUUUGGUAUGUCUGCCAGUUACAGAACACACAAGAGUUGGUGAAUCCAUCUUCCUGAUUGGACGGCCACAUUGUUCUUUUAACUCUAGCAUAAUCAAGGUGGAAAUUUUGCAUCUUACCCAGGUGCGCCACUGUAUAUCUGGACUCAGUAUUUGCUGCCUUUGUAAUCCCAGCCUUUCUUUGAGCAAGCAAAAUAUUUUUGUACAGAGAGCAGAGUAUGACAAAACAUGACUCCAGUGGACUCGGCCAGUGAUUUAACUUAGGCUGCAUGCCGCAAGAUCAGAUGUAACAGAGUGAACAGUUUCUUACAUUCCACUGAAUACAUGUAGAUUUUUUAAUGAUAGCUCUUGAAAACCCAGUGUGAUUAAAGACAAUGAUUACGUAUGUGUUACAUGCUUACAAUGACUUAUUUAAGAGAAAUGCAAUCUAUUGAGUUGAUUGGAUAGAUGAUGUGUUGCCAAAGGACGUCAAAGGUGCAUCGCCAGCCAGAGGGCUCCCAGUGUGUUGUUAUUAUUAGUAUCAUUAUUGUUAUUAUUACUAGACUAUGACAGUUUUCUUGGAAACAAUUCACAAUUUAUGGGACCUUACUGGACUGGUGUGGAUUUGAGCCUUGGUUUAUUGAAAAGGUCAAUGUAGAAAUAUAUACUACAGUAUUAUAAAUGACAAUCAAACUUGUAUAUUAAGUUUGUCAGUGUUGCUCAGUAAAAGACAAACUGGAUAAAGUACAGUAUGUAAUAAAGUUGAUCAUUAAAAAGAGAACAUUUAAGUGCUUUAAAACAUAUAUACACAUAUUUUUGUGAUCUUUAUUGUGCUUUUGUAUUAUUUUUGAUUUCAUUAUCCAACAUCAAAAGUUAUCUGU